AUGAAGACGGCUCCGGCCUACGCGCCGACCUCCUCGGCGGCGAUCCUCCAGCUUCACCUUAACCCAAGCUCCGUGUGUAAUCCGAUGGCAAGGCCCGCCGAGGCGGCAGCCAGCACCCUCAUUGGGUCAUAUCAACAUCCCCUUCUGCAUCCGGUAAUUUCUGGUGUUGGCAGUGGUCUUUCGGUCAAGAGGAAGGAAGUGAGGCCGCGGCAAGAACCCCGAGAGUUUGGGGUUGUUGCAGUCAAGGUUCGUGACGAUGUGGAUGACCAUGGCAUGUAA